UUUGUGAAGUCCUCCCAAAGAGGGGUCUGUAGUUCAGGCCCAGUGAUCUUUCGAAGCUUUAAUCCAAAUCAGCACCGUAUCUUCGGUUGCAAAUAAAAUGAAAUAAAAAGGACCCCUAUUACUUCUCCUGACAAGUUUCGGAAUUACACAUACAUGCAAAAAUGGUUUUAUCACAAAGACAAAAGGAUGAAUUGAACAGAGCUAUAGCUGAUUACCUUAGCUCUAAUGGAUAUCUUUCAGCACUAAGUGAAUUUCAAAAAGAAGCUAGUCUGCCAGGAGAUAUAGAUAAAAAAUAUGGUGGCUUGCUGGAAAAGAAAUGGACAUCAGUUAUCCGGCUACAGAAAAAGGUCAUGGACCUUGAAGCAAAGCUGUCAGAGGCAGAGAAGGAAUACAAUGCAGGGGGUCCAUCCAGGGACCGUCGCAGCCCUACAGAAUGGAUACCAAGGCCCCCAGAACGCUACACCCUAAGUGGUCACCGAAGUCCAGUGACUAGGGUAGUGUUUCAUCCGACUUACAGUGUCAUGGUAUCAUCCAGUGAGGAUGCUACAAUCAAGAUCUGGGAUUAUGAGACAGGUGAUUAUGAAAGAACUCUAAAAGGUCAUACAGAUACUGUACAGGACAUUGCUUUUGAUCAUACUGGGAAGUUUUUGGCAUCAUGCUCUGCUGAUAUGAAAAUUAAACUGUGGGACUUCACUUCUUAUGAAUGUGUCAAAACACUCUAUGGCCAUGAUCACAAUGUGUCCAGUAUUUCGUUUGUGCCAAGUGGAGAUCAUCUUGUUUCCUCUUCCAGAGAUAAAACCAUCAAAAUGUGGGAAAUAAGCACAGGAUUUUGUGUGAAAACCUUCACUGGACAUAGGGAGUGGGUGAGAAUGGUCCGAGUCUACCAUGAUGGGUCACUUUUAGCCAGCUGUUCAAAUGACCAGACUGUUAGAAUAUGGGUAACAGCUACCAAAGAGUGUAAAAUGGAACUAAGAGAACAUGAACAUGUUGUGGAAUGCAUUGCCUGGGCCCCAGAAUCUGCACAGCCAACAAUAAACGAAGCAAUCAGCGCCGAGAACAAGAAAGAAAAAAGAUCUGGCCCAUUCCUGAUUUCAGGAUCACGCGACAAAACAAUCAAGAUGUGGGACGUUAGUGUGGGUCUAUGUUUGUUUACUUUGACGGGACAUGACAACUGGGUGAGAGGACUGGUAUUCCACCCAGGCGGCAAGUACAUCCUGAGUGCCUCUGAUGACAAGACACUGCGAGUGUGGGACAUCAAAAACAAGAGAAACCAUAAAACCCUGGAUGCACACUCCCAUUUUACUACUUCUCUAGAUAUGCACAAGAGUGCUCCGUUUGUGAUAACUGGCUCUGUUGACCAGACAGUCAAAGUAUGGGAAUGCCGUUAGGAACCUUAUUGGCUUUUUUUUUUUCAGACAUUAGUAGUACAAUAUAACUAAUUUAUUACUGCAUCAUUGUGCUCUCAAAACCUGUAAACCACCUCAGUGGUAUGCUGUCAGGAUCAUAUUUGUCUCAACUUUUGCAUACUUGGCUUGCUUUUAUGUAAAUCUGCAUUCCCCAAACCCCUGUUGUGCUGUAAUGUUAACAGUAUUAACCUGUUGAAUUUAUUUUUUAAACUGCCAUUGUGCAUACAGUUUUACUAAAACUUAAAGGGGAUAUCAGUGUUCUGAGCUUUUUAUAAUCUGCUAUACAUUUGUCAUUUGGGAAAUGUGUAUUUACUGCAAGAGAACAAACCAGAAGUGUGCAUAUCCAGGAAGCCAGUUAUAAACUCCAGGGUUUAAGUGUUCAUUUGUUUAUAUACUCAGGAUUGUGAGUCCCGUGUUCAAACCCACAUUAAGUGAUCUCGGAAAGUCAGAUGUUAGUACAUUAUAGGACAGUUGUUUCUGCGUUCUUGGUGAAGGGAGAAAUGUGAGUUGGAAACACAACUCAGGUAUAGUCUUCUGUGUACCCUUUAGUAUACUUGUACCUUCAGAAAUAGAAACAAAUAUCCCUGCUGCUGUAAAUCAGUAGUGGGACCACAUUAUGCCAGUACAUAUUUUGACAUUCAAAAUACAUGUAUAAAGGAAAAAGUUUAUAAAGAUAUUUUAAAGAAAAUUUUUGGUCACAAAAUUCAUCUGUGGCUUCAUGGGUCUAAUAUAUAUCAGGUUCAACUUGCAAUAUAGUCAUGGGCAACAAAAUUUUUGGGAAAGCCAUCUGAGAAUAUUUAUCGUAGAUUGAUAAUUGAAUCAUUGUAUUUACAGUAGUUUUAUAGUAUAAGAUUGAUUAUCUAUUUAUUUUGAUUAUCUAAGUACAUGUAUAUAAACUGUGUCUGGUGAUUCUGACACUACCAUCCCAUUUGUAGUAUAUCCAAUUUAAAUUUAUUCAGUGGAUUAUAGCUUUCCAAUAGAUGUGUUGCACUUGCUCUUUUUUUCAUUUUCAGUCAUUUACAUACAUGUAGUUACAUCAUUGAAAACAGAAUUUUAAUAGUGAGAUUUUUUUUUUUACAUGUAUUUACAUCUUUGUAACGGUGUUUAUUGAAAGUUCACGUGUGUCAGGAAUAUUUUGUUGACAAGGGUACUACUGUCUUUCAAACCUAUGGAUUUUAGCAGAAAAUAGUAAAUAUGCAUCCUCAAGUAUUAGAUAUUUAUUGGCGUGCAAUUUAUGCCCUUGAAUGGUGUUCAGAUUUGUUUUUCAAAAACUAAUUUUUAACCACAUUUGAUUAUUCACAGAAUUAAUUUUUAAAAUAUCUAAGCAUUUUUAGUCAUGCACUGAAGUAAAUUUGUUUUCCUUUAUCAAUACUGUAGAGAUCUUUUCUUGUGAAGUUGAAAGACAGUAUUAUCUUUUCCAACAAUGCAGUGUACAGCACAGCAAUAUAUGUGGAUGUAAUGUGUUGUUCAGUUAUAAAAGGGGGGAGGUUAUCUUAGGAGGUGUUGUUAAGUGGACAACUGCACACCCCCAUAGAUAACCCCCUCCUUCGAGAACUCAGGGAGACUCUCAUACUCCAAACCCUCCUUUAGCAUGUUGCCAAAGGACCAACUUUGUGAUUCGUAUAGCAUCACAAAAAAAUCUAUUCUUGUGGUUUUCUUUAGAGGUAGUAUGUAUACAAAUGUGCCCAUACUAGAUAAUCUGCAGGUAUUUAUACUUGCCAAACCGAUGAUGUUACAGGUGCUUACUGCCAAUCUCCAACAAUUUGAAUUAUGACAUAUUUAAUAUGCAUUGUUUUAUUAUGAAUUUUUCUUUAUUUUGCUGAUGAAUUGUUGACUGUGAUAAAUCUUAUUAUAUUUUUUCUACAAAUCUGGUAUUACAAUGUCAAAUUUUUGUUGAUUUUUUUUUAUAUUGUUUCUUGUUAACCUUUGACCGAUAUUGCUGAAGUUGUGUUCCAAUGAAUCCUCAGAAAAAGGGUGUGGCAUCUAUGCAAAGGAUGGGUGUUGGUGUUUGCUGAAUUUCUCGUGAGAUCUGGACAGAAAUCAGACAGCUACAAAUAUGCAAAUCAAGUAUAAAAGCUGACCAAAAAUUUCUACUGAUUGAAGUUUUUAGUCAGUUUUGUAUGCUUUUUAAAUAAGUGCUUAGUUGUAUUUCAGUUGUAUGUCAAAAUAUAUAUAUUUUUUUGUACACCUGAAAUACAAUGUUACAGAUGCUAGUUGUGUUAAAAGGUGAACUUUUAUGAGUACAUGUUUGCUUGUCACUUUCUCUUGUUCACUGUGUUCCCAUUAUUAAAUGUGCUAAAUAAGGGAGAAAAAAUGUGAAUUAUUAUGUCACAUAUUCAAAAUUUAAAAAAAAAAAAAAAAUCCAUGUUAUGGUUUGAAGUUAAAUAACUACAGCUUUAUUCAGAAAGAAAAAAAUCAGAACCAAAUUAUUCAGUCAUUCAUUAUUCAUGUCAUUUUGUUUUAAUUUUGUUUAUGAAUAGUAUUGAUGUCUUUAGAAGAAGCAUUGUUUAAUUGCUUUGAUACUUUUAUUUCGGUCCAAAAAAUCCUUUUUCUUCCGACACAUUUCUUGCCUACAUCUUCCAAAGCCAUUUGCUUGUGAACAAUGUAGGAUGAAGUGAGAGGAUUUUUUGAGAUAAUCUGGUUUUUGUCAAUAUGCCAACUUAAAAGAAAAUUUUGCACUUUGUCAUGACCUAUCUUUGUUGAUUACUGUAUUAACUGACUGUAAUCAAAUCAAUGCUUUUUGCUGUUUGUUAAGCUUUGUGUGAUGUCAAGUAAAUAUGCCUGUCUUGGACACAAAUCCAAAAGUCUUGACAUAAGUUGCCUUUGGACAGAAUCUCUGUUCUGUGCAGUUUGUAGGGGUGUGCCGAUUUGUGGCUAAUUGAAGGGAGAAGUUGCAUGACCUUGUCAGUUGAGGAUUUUAAUCUUUGAUCUGAUUGUUAUUGUGUAUUAUGUCAAUAAAUUAUAAUGCUACAUAAA